AUGUCUUCUCAGUCACCGCAGGGCCGCAAUAACCUCUCCGACUCCUCCAUCACCAUCCCCUCCGACAGCGAGAACUAUGACGCCAACCAUGAGCUCUCAUCCUCACCGCCGUCUUCAUCGAGCUCGCCGCUGAUAUUGUACUCUCCGCCGACAGUAUGGGGUCUGCUUCGGGGCGCCGCGAUCAACCUGCUGCUGCCAUUCAUAAACGGCUUGAUGCUGGGCUUUGGAGAGCUUCUGGCGCAUGAAGCUGCGUUCAGGCUGGGCUGGUCCGGCACAAAGGUACACUGGGCAUUUCAUCCUUCAGGGAGCGAGUUGGCAAUGGCAAACCCUGGCGACAUGUAUUCUUCGAAGACACUCAUCCGCUCCUGUGCAUUCUCUCGCGAUCCCGGGACAGCAUUCAUUCUAGAUGACCGCAUUCUGACUUAA